AUGGAUUUAAUGGAAUUUGAAGAAUUGUUAUUGACGAACAACGACGACGAAUUAGACACGCCGAAAAGCGAAAGAAAAGAAGGUGGAAAAAGGGGAAGGAAACCGGGUAGGAAAGCAUCGGAUAAAGUUGACGUCAAAGCCAAAUUGGAACGUAGCAGGCAAAGCGCGAGAGAAUGCAGAGCGAGAAAAAAAUUAAGGUAUCAAUACCUGGAAGAACUCGUGACGGAUAGGGAGAAAGCCGUCAUUGCAUUACGUAAAGAAUUGGAUAAAUAUAAAGAAUGGAAUCGUGAACUGGACGAAGAUCGCAUACCCGAAGGUUUAACAGAACUUUUGGAAGAAAUGGGUUCGAUAAAAACGGAACAAUAA